AUGAAAGUCGCUACUUUCACUGGGAUCAUUACCCUUUUGGCCGCACGCUAUGUCUCGGCGGAUUCUUGCUCCUCUAUCGCAGCACUUGGCUACAUCAACGUGACCGGGCCACUGAAUCUAGCCUACAUUGAGGAGCAAACUCAGUAUUGGUCUUCGUCAUGUUCUGCUCUUUUACCAUCUUGUAUUAUAUUUCCAAAAACAGUGGAAGAAGUUGCUGCUGCUGUUGGGAUCAUUGCCAACACAACUGAACGCUUUGCUGUCAAGAGUGGCGGCCAUAGCCCAAACAACGGCUGGAGCAGUGUCAGUGGAGGUCCGCUGAUUGCGCUGGAACACCUCGAUCAAGCUGUCCUCGAUCCUGCAACUGGUAUCGUGGACGUGGGCCCCGGCAACAGACUAGAUGGCAUUGCUGCCAAGCUACAAGGCAGUGGCUGGACUUUCGUUGGCGGACGUAUCGGGAAUACUGGAGUAGGCGGUCUAGUUCUUGGUGGGGGACUCUCGUACAUGUCGACUCAAUAUGGAUGGGCUGCCUCCUCCGUGCUGGAAUAUGAGAUUGUCUUCGCAAACGGUACCAUUGGCAAAAUCAAUGGCGAGAACUAUCCGGACAUAUUCACGACACUCAAGGGAGGUGGCAACAAUGUCGGUGUAAUCACCAACUACCGGCUUCAGGCGCAUCGUCAGGGUCUCAUCUGGGGCGGCAACUUGGUUUUCCUACGCACGCCUGAGAAGGACAAGAAGUUGCUGAAGGCGGUACGUGACUUUACCGAGUACAACGAGGAUGAGAAGGCUGCUGUGAUUGUCACUGCGGAGCGAGCGAACAUAAACGUGGUUGACUCAUGGAUCAUCUUUUUGUUCUAUGACGGCCCUACGCCUCCAGCCGGCACAUUCGACAACUUCAUCGAUGUCAACCCUCUUCUUGACACGACUCGUACUCGCACAUAUGCCGAUCUCAUGGCCUUGAGCAAUUGGGUCAUCGUCAAAGCUUCAGUCGUCGACAUUGCGACCGAAACCAUCCCCCUUCCCUCCACCGAAAACGCAGUAGAGGUAAUGGAGACGCUGCACAAUCACUGGCGCAACAUCUCUGAAACUACACUGCUCGUCCCUGGUAUCGUCGCUUCAAUCGCGUGGCAGCCAUUCCAGAAGAAAAUCGCACAAAAAGCACGUGCGCUGAGUCCUGAUCUGAUCGACACAGACGAUUCGGUUGACCGCAUCAUUAUCGAGAUGAACUACGCCUUCAUCCCGCAGAAUCUGUAUGAGCAGAUGGCGGAUACGAUGGAGGCUACGUAUACGGGUGUUCGCGAUCGAGUGCUGGCAUGGCAGGAGAAAGGCACGCUGCCGCAGGCUUAUCUCCCACUGUUUAUGAACUAUGCCUUCUACCGCCAGGACUACUUCGGGAGAUUGAAGCCGGAAAGUCGCGCAUUGGCAAAGCGCGUCUCUGAAGAGGUGGACCCGAAAGGAUUUUUCCGGGAUCGAACGGGCGGCUGGAAGCCUUGA